CCACGUGAUACGUCUACGAAAUGUGAAUGUGAAUUCAAAAUGGCGGCGCCCGCAAAGCUGGAGUUUGAUGUGGAAAUGACCUGUCAGAAGUGUGUGAAAAAGGUGGAAAACGCAUUGCAAGGAGUCGAUGGAGUGAAAUCUGUUAGUGUUGACCUUUCCAGUGGUAAAGUUCUGGUCGACAGCUCCCUGGGGUCAGAGAGGAUCAAGGCCCUUAUAGAGAGCACGGGGAAGAGGGCUGUGCUCAAAGGAAUGGGAGGUAAAACAGGAAGUCAUCUUGGUGCAGCUGUGUCUAUCAUGGAGUAUGGAAGUGCGUCUGUACGUGGGUUGAUCCGCUUUGUUCAGACGGACACGGACCAGCUGGUUGUGGACGGCACCAUAGACGGACUUGCCCCAGGGAAACACGCACUCUGUGUUCAUGAAUGUGGUGAUGUGUCAGAAGGAUGUAAUAGCUGUGGCGAUGUAUAUGGAAGCAUGGGAAUAAACAAUCUAACAGCUACCAAAGGAGAGAUGGGCGAUAUAGAAGUAGGUCUAGAUGGGAGGGCAGAGUUUCGGUUUACUAACAGUCGCCUGAAGGUGUGGGAGCUGAUUGGCCGGUCCAUGAUCAUACAUCAAGCAUCCACGGAGAUACUCAAGGCUCAGAGGGGGCCAGAUAACAGGAUCACAUGUGGGAUCAUAGCUCGGUCAGCAGGUCUGUUCCAGAAUGCAAAGAAGAUUUGCGCCUGUGAUGGUGUCACACAGUGGGACGAGAGAAACGUGCCUGUAGCUGGCAAGGGCAGACAAGCAAACCUGUGAUAUGGGAAAUUGAGUUGCAUUUGUUACAGUACUUAAUGUAUGACAGUGUCAGACACUAACUGUUUUGGCAAAGGAGUCCUACUAGCCCUACUUAAACAGUGAAAAACAAGGAAACUCUUCAUUGAAGAGAGAUUCAUUGUCAAAGAAAAAAAGUAUUCAAAGCUAAUUUCUUUCCACCCAAUACCUGUAUUUAUUUACAAGGUUAAGGUUUAGGUUUGAACAAAGUUUGAAAAUGUAUGCUAUAUUUUGACGUUAUCAACAUUGACGUCAUUUGAUGUUGACGUCAUUUCCUGUUCAUUAUAUACAUACAACCUGAUGAAGGCGGAAUGGCCGAAACGUUGUUUCAUAAAUAAAUAAUUUGUGUUGAA